AUGAGCAAAGAGUACAAAGGCAUUGUGAAGGCCUGGGAAGCAACGGUAAGAAAGUCACAAGGAUUCACGAAAAAACGAUCACAUACCAUAUUUGGGACAAUGAUGUCAGCGACAGUAGCUCAUGCAGACGAUGAAGAUCCUUCAUCGACGACGACGACAACAACAACAACAACACAACAACAACAACAGAAAGAGGUAUUGUUACCCAACGGGGACUUCUACACAGGUGAGUGGGUCGAAGGGCUCCCUCACGGCUGUGGGAAAUAUCUUUGGACAGACGGGUGCAUGUAUUGUGGAGAAUGGCAAAAGGGCAAGACAACAGGGAAAGGUCGGUUCACUUGGCCGUCCGGUGCUAGUUACGAGGGCGAUUUCAAGGUAGGGUACAUGGAUGGUAGAGGGACUUACACAGGUUCAUCUGGUGAUACUUACAAAGGGUGUUGGGUCAUGAAUUUGAAACAUGGACAAGGGAUACAAAAUUACGCUGCUACCGGGGAUUGUUAUGAUGGUGAGUGGAAGAAGGGUUUGCAGGAUGGUCAUGGUAAGUACCAGUGGAAAAGCGGGACCAACUAUGUGGGAGAGUGGAGUGGAGGGAUUAUGAAUGGGAAUGGUGUCAUGAAUUUUGAGGAUGGUAAUAGAUACGAUGGUAAUUGGGAAGAUGGAUUUCCUAAAGGGAACGGGACGUAUAGGUGGGUGGAUGGGGGUUACUAUGUUGGUGUUUGGAGCAAAGGUGAGGCCAAGGAAAGGAGUGGUACUUAUUAUACUGCUGGUUCGCAGCAGGAGGAGGCUGCUGAGAGUUCAGAAUGGGAUCAACAAGAGCUCUUCUUAGGCGAAUCUCUAUCGGGUUGCAAGAUCUCUGUAACUGAGGUUCCCUCCAUUUAUCCAUCACAGAAGGCGUGUUACGUACCUGGUUCCGACGCUGGGAGCUUCAAACAGAUGAAAGCACAUAGCUACGAUGGGAACUCAUCGGCGGAUGGGAGGUUGAGCAAUUACAGUAUGAGUUCGUGGGAAGGGAGUGAUUCUGGGGUUGGUGGGGUUGAUGGGGAAGGGGAGGAGUCUUAUUAUGGGUAUACUAAUAUGAACGAGAAUUUGAACAAGCUGAGGUUACAACCGGCAAAAAAGCAAGGGGAGACCAUUUCUAAAGGGCAUAAGAACUAUGAGCUGAUGCUCAAUCUCCAGCUGGGAAUAAGGCAUUCAGUAGGACGACCUGGUCCUCCGCUGACGUCUCUUGAUCUCAAGUCGUCAGCUUUUGAUCCGAGAGAAAAGGUGUGGACUAAAUUUCCCCCUGAAGGAUCCAAGUACACGGUGCCUCACCAGUCUUGUGAGUUUAGAUGGAAGGACUAUUGCCCUUUAGUUUUCAGGACACUGAGGAAACUGUUCAACGUUGAUCCUGCGGACUACAUGAUAUCGAUAUGUGGGGAUGACGCACUUAGAGAACUUUCAUCUCCUGGGAAAAGUGGAAGUUUCUUUUACUUGACGAAUGAUGAUCGGUACAUGAUAAAGACCAUGAAGAAGGCCGAAGUCAAAGUACUAAUAAGAAUGUUGCCAGCUUACUAUAACCAUGUGCGGCAGUUCGAGAACACUCUUGUCACCAAAUAUUUUGGUCUUCAUUGUGUGAAAUUAACAGGGCCUAAUCAGAAGAAGGUGCGGUUUAUUAUCAUGGGAAAUCUGUUCAAUACAGAGUAUGCUAUUCAUAGGAGGUUUGACUUGAAAGGUUCUUCUCAUGGUCGUAUCACAUGCAAACCCGAAUCAGAAAUCGACGCCUCAACAACACUCAAGGACCUGGACCUCAACUACCUGUUCAGACUGCAGAGAGUAUGGUACCAAGAGUUUUGCAGGCAAGUGGACAGAGACUGUGAGCUGCUGGAGCAAGAGAGGGUGAUGGACUACAGUCUUCUGGUUGGAAUCCACUUUCGGGAGUCGUUUCACAGGCCCGAUAUCCCCACCCCACCCAGGACCUCCGGUGCUCGCACACCCACUGGCCUCCGUACUCCUACUCGAAACGGAGAUAAUGCUGAGAGUGAUCAUGCGGGGGGAGGAGGAGGAGCUCCAAGGCUUUCUAAAGCUGAGAUUGAUAAGCUCGUUCUCGAUCCCUCUCGGUGGGCGUCAAUCAAAUUAGGAAUGAACAUGCCAGCAAGGGUUGAAAAAACUGUACGAAGGGAUGGUGAGACUCAGCUGGUGGGAGAGCCAACUGGGGAGCUCUAUCAGGUCAUCUUGACGUUUGGCAUAAUAGACAUACUACAAGACUAUGACAUCAGCAAAAAGCUGGAGCAUGCAUACAAAUCAAUGCAGUACGAUCCAACGUCAAUCUCAGCAGUGGAUCCAAAACAAUACUCCAGGCGAUUUCGAGACUUCAUCUUUAAAGUAUUUGUAGAAGAAAGCUGA